CUGGGGCGAGACGGGAGGUGCGGGGCGGGUGGCGAGCCGCCCGGAGGAGGACGGGCAGCGCGUGACCCUGCGGCGCGUCACGUGCGGCGUCGGCGGCCAUGGCGGGAAGCGAGCCCCGCAGCGGAGGCAGCGCCCCGCCGCCGCACCACAGCGACUGGAGCCGGCUGGAGGCCGCCAUCCUCAGCGGCUGGAGGAACUUCUGGCAGUCGGUGGGCAAGGAGAGGGCAGCGCCGAGGGCCUCCCAAGAGGAGGCGGACGAGGAGGCCAGUACCCUGACGCGGCUGCCGAUUGACGUACAGCUAUAUAUUUUGUCAUUUCUUUCACCUCAUGAUCUGUGUCAGUUGGGAAGUACCAGCCAUUAUUGGAAUGAAACUGUACGAGAUCCAAUUCUGUGGAGAUAUUUUCUGCUGCGGGAUCUUCCUUCUUGGUCUUCCGUUGACUGGAAGUCUCUUCCAGAUCUAGAAAUCUUAAAAAAGCCUAUAUCUGAGGUCACUGAUGGUGCAUUUUUUGACUACAUGGCAGUCUAUAAAAUGUGCUGUCCAUAUACAAGAAGAUCCUUGAAAUCUAGCCGUCCUAUGUAUGGAGCUGUCACGUCAUUUUUACACUCAUUGAUCAUUCAGAAUGAACCACGAUUUGCUAUGUUUGGACCAGGUUUGGAAGAACUGAAUACAUCUUUGGUGUUGAGCUUGAUGUCUUCUCAGGAGCUUUGCCCAACAGCUGGCUUGCCUCAGAGGCAGAUUGAUGGUAUUGGAUCAGGAGUCAGUUUUCAGUUGAGCAACCAACAUAAAUUCAACAUCCUGAUAUUAUAUUCCACUACCAGAAAGGAAAGAGAUAGAGCAAGAGAAGAACAUACAAGUGCUGUUAACAAGAUGUUCAGUCUACAGAAUGAAGGAGAUGAUCAGCAAGGAAGCCGGUAUAGUGUAAUUCCACAAAUUCAGAAGGUGUGUGAAGUUGUUGAUGGGUUCAUCUAUGUUGCAAACGCUGAAGCUCAUAAAAAAUUUGUAUUAAUAUGAAUGAUAAGUUGUUGAGACUCUAGCUUCUGCUAUUUUUUUCCGGUAAGUGUUAUUUCUGUUGUUUAAACAAUUAACAUGGUUAAACGUAAAUUGCAAACUCUGUUUCUUGGGCAACAGUUCCACAUUCAGUUUAUCUUUUUUCUCCAAAUGAGCACCUUAAGUUGGUCUUUCACACAAAGUUUAGCCAAAGAUAUAGACAGAGAAUUUAGUGAUUUUUUUUCCCCUGGAGUUUUCUUUUCUGAGAUGACUUCUUUCUUGGCCUGAACAAAAUCAAGACAUUUUUCUGCUUUUCAGAUCUGCUCUCUUGUCUUUUCCCAGAAUUCCUGUUGAGGGCUCAACAGUUUAUUUUCACAUUUGGAGUUCUUACAUUUGCAAUUUGGUAUAUCAAACAUAGUGUCAUGAAAAGUGUCAGUGUUGGGAGGUGCUUAGAUGGCUCAGUCGGUUGAGCAUCGGACUUCAGUUCAGGCCAUGAUCUUGCAGUUUACGGGUUUGAGCCCCACAUUGGGCUUUGUGUUGACAGUGUGGAGCCUGCUUGGGAUUCUCUGUCUCCCUCUCUCUCUCCCCCUCCCCCACUUGUGUUUUCUCUCUGUCAAAAAUAAACAUUUAAAAAAAGUGUCAGUGGUAUUUUUCUUAUCCAACAAAAUUUUUGACAGACCUGCUGUUCCACCCACACGUACCCAGAAUAGGCAGUUGGUCCCAUAAAAGCAACAGUUCUUUGAGCACUAAAGAGACCUGUUUUAUCCUUGGAAUUUAUUUAGACUUUUUGUACUUACUGCUCUUUGAUGGCUUAAAGUAUAAUUUUCAUUUUAUUCUGUUUUCUUAUUGCUGUAACGAUCAUUUGUGACCUACAUUCUAUCUGAAAGUAAGCAAAAUUCUUAGUGGUUUUUAUACUGUCUCUUAAACACCUUAUAAUUUCUAGAUCAGUGUUUAUUUGUCAAAAAGUUUCUAGCAUUAUGUAUACACAGUAGCUGGACUAUAUUGAUCAUUACUAUACAUUGAGAAGAGUUCUCAUGUCUUAUUUCCCCUUGAUUUUCUGUAUUAUUUCAUUUUUACUAUAAAGUAUGAGGACUUCUUUUUUUCCUCUCAAGGAAAUUAUAUUUGCCUUCACAUUCUUUGAUCCUUGGAAGAAGUCCUCAGCAACUUUUCAUAACAUUUCAGGUCUGACCCUUGCUACAGUCUCAACAAAUUAAAUAUAUUUAAAUUUAAAAUAUUACAGUUGAUUAUUCUUUCUACACAGUUGUAUAAGAAUGUUAGAAGUAGCAUAACUAAGUCAUGAAGUGCAUAGACCUUAAAACCAGAUUGGUCUGAGUUCACACCCUAACUAUAUUACUGUGUGAUCGUGGGCACAUUUCUUCUAUAUGGCUGAGUUUCCCUAAUUGUAAAAUGAAGAUAAUACCUACUUCAUAAAGUUCUUAAAAGACUUAAAUAAAUUAAUAUUUUGAAGCACUAAAGACUGUCAGUUGUACAAAAAAGUGCUCUAAAAUAGUUUGUCCAAUAAAUAAGUUUCGAUGUACAGCACAACACCAUUAUCAAAACGAGUUUUUAUUUUUAUUUAUUUAAAAAUUUUUUUAGUGUUUAUUUUUGAGAGAGAGAGAGGUAAACACAGAAUCUAAAGCAGGCUCCAGGUUCUGAGCUGUCAGCACAAAGCCCAAUGCGGGGCUCAAACUCAAGAACCGUGAGAUCAUGACCUGAGCUGAAUUGGAUGCUUAACCGACUGAGCCACCCAAGGGUCCUUGAGUUUUUAUUUUUAGUCUCAUAAGAAAAACCUGCUGUAAAAAUCCCCAUUUACUUAAGAAAGCUUAUAAAAUGUAACAGAUCUAGUAAAAUAACUCCAGGAGAAUGUAAGGCUCUUGAUUUUUUUCCCCACAGACUAUAGAAAUUUUAGUUAAAAAGUUGGCAAAGGAAUACUUAAUUUUUCUGUUUGCCAUGAUUAGCACUAUCAGUUUUACACCAGAGUACAUUGAAGGCCAUUUUCUGUUUUCUACCUUGUAAAGCACAAAGUCUUAGCUUGUUUGUCAGAUGUUGCUAUAACAGAAGACUAUUAAAUUCUGAAAAAUGUGACAGUGCUGUCUCUAGAUUUCCAGAAGGUGGCACAAUUGCCUCAUACAGAAAGAAUUUGUUGCCUCCCUCUCAAAAACAGCUAUUUGAAUUUAACUUGUACAGUUUUGAUUAGAUUCGAUUUUCAGUAGCAUUUUCUAAAGUGUAUUCUAAAAGCAUAGUAGUUUUCUUGAUAACUAUACUUCCUUAGUGAGCAUUUUGUAAUGUACAUAAUUGUUGAAUCACUGGUGUGCAUCUGAAACUAAUAUGUCAACUAUACUUCACUUUAAAAAAAAAUCAGAAAAGAAUCUAAAGAUGUUUCUCCAAAAGAAUAAACAAAUGACCAAUAAGCAUAUGAAAAAAUACUCAACAUCAUUAGCCAUCAAAGAAAUACAGAUCAAAAUCACAAUGAGAUACCGUUUCACACCCACUUGGAUGACUGUAAUAAAAAAGACAGUUACUAACAAGGUUAGGGAGGAUGUGUAAAAAUAGAAAAACAUACCUUUUUGGUUAGCGUAAUAACUUUGGAAAAUGAUUUGGCUGUUUCUCAGUAUGUUAAAGAUGGUGUUAGUUACUAUAUGAACCAGCAAUUUUAGUCCUAGGUAUAUACCUAAGAGAAAUGAAAAUGUGCAUACAAAAACUUGUAUAUAAAUGUUCAUAGCAACAUUAUUCAUAGUAGUCAAAAAGUGAAAACAAUCCAAAUACCCAUCAUCUGAUAAAUGGAUAAAAUUCUGUAUAUCCAUACAAUGGAAUAUUAUUUAGCAAUAAAAGAGUGCUAAUAUGGAUGGAUCUUGAAAACAUGGU